AUGAAGAUCAAAAUUAGAGAAUGGAACUGGAAUGUUUUUGGGGAUGUCAGGCUGAAAAUGCAAAAAGCUGAAGAAGAUGUUAAAGCAACAUCAUUACUAUCUGAUAGAAACCCUGAAGAUAUUACUUUGUUGAAUAACUUGGUAACUGCAAGAGGAAGGCAAGAAUUAGCAAAUGAACAAUACAAAGCCAUACUUCAUCAAAAAUCUAGAGAAAAAUGGCUGAAAGAAGGAACAACAAAUACAAUAUCUUUUCAUACUUCAGUGAAGAUCAGACAAGCCACAAAUGCAAUUUCUGAACUAGAAGAAGACUCUGGAUCUAUAGUCAUUGAUCAGAAAAGAAUAACACAUAUUUUGGAGCAACAUUUUGAGAACAAGUUUAAAUAUCAAGAGGUUAAUAUGGCUGAUGAAAUAUUUGAUGCUACCCCAGAAUUAAUUACUCAAGAUGAUAAUAGAAUGAUGGAAGCAAUUCCUACUAAUGAGGAGAUAAGAGCAGUUGUUUUCCAGUUAAAGGCAUAUAGUGCACCUGGACCAUAUGGGUUUCCAAGUUUCUUUUACAAAUUUCAUGGGAUAUAA